GUGAAGAGAGAGAGGUGGAGAGACAUAGAGGAAGAGAGGGAGGGAGAGGAGACAGAGCCACACGGGUGAAACUGAGCUUUGUCUCUCGCGCUGGGUCACUCAGAAAGAGCCACUUGGAGCCAGAGGCGACCACGGAGCGCUCAGGAGCCGCAGAACGACCCAGACCAUCAUAAUAAGAGCAGCAGUAAGAGAGCACAUUGCUGCACAGACAAGGAACACACAAACACGGAAGAGAAGUGAAUGAGGGACGGACGGCAAGACGAGCAGCGGAAGUUUUACUGUGCGGGAUAAUAAAAGAGAUUUGGCUGAAACUGAAGAGAAAGUGUUGGUGAAGAUGCCGCGGGUAGUCCCGGACCAGAGGAGCAAGUUUGAGAAUGAGGAGUUUUUCCGCAAGUUGAGCAGGGAGUGUGAGAUUAAAUACACUGGGUUCAGGGACCGGCCCCAUGAGGAGAGACAAGCUCGCUUCCAGAACGCUAGCAGGGAUGGACGAUCAGAAAUAGCCUUUGUAGCUACAGGUACAAACCUCUCUCUACAGUUCUUUGCAGCCAACCUGCUCGGAGAUCAGAGGCAGGUUCCUGCGAGGGAGUAUGUUGACUUCGAGAGAGAGACGGGAAAGGUCUAUUUAAAGGCUCCCAUGAUUUUGAACGGGGUGUGUGUGACCUGGAGAGGCUGGAUUGACCUACAGAGACUGGAUGGGAUGGGAUACCUGGAACUGGAUGAAGAGAGGGCGCAGCAAGAGGACGCUUUGGCCCAAGCAGCCUUUGAAGAGGCUCGACGCAGAACCAGAGACUUUGAAGACAGAGACCGAUCACACAGAGAGGAUCUUGAGGACCCUGUGGUUUCUAAAAUCUGGGACUGAUGACACACAGACAGGCAGCCAGCAGAAAAGAAAAUGUCCAGCUGACAGCAGGACCCCAGCCCUGGCUCCAACAUGGCCAACGCUGACAUUGAACACAAGAUGCGCUGAGGCGGAAGAGAAGGAGGAAGUACUGGAGGAAUAGAAGAAAAACCAGGGCUGGCUGUCCAUUCACUUUCAAUAUAAUCAACUGUAAAAAAGCUCAUCUGAAAUUGCAAUUUUGACCAAUGUUUUCAAAAUGUGUUCUUUGUUUCCUUGUUAGUCUGAUAUGAUUUUUCUUUCCACACUUAAAACAUUGUUCUUACCUUUUUACAUUUAGAAGAAACACAACUUCCUUAAUUGAUUGAAUUGAAAGUGAACCAAACUCCACAAUUAAGGAUUCACAGGAAUAAGUAUCCAACAGACCUGGGCAAAAAGUAGUUGUAUAUAUUUAAAUACAAAGGAAGGAUUAUGAGAGGUUGAAUUGAAUUGCAUCGUAUUGCAAAUAUGACACAUCCGAGGUUGAAGUUGCUUCUUGAGUCAAAUGAGUAUCUAUAUAAAGUAUAGAUCAAAUCACUCAGACUUCUAUUUAUUUUUUUCCAGGUCUUACAUGAUUUGAUGGAAAGAUCUAACUACCAAAAGAUAUAUUUUCUAUCAAUACAAAUUGUGAAAAUAAUGGAAGGGGGGUAACAGAUGCCAGUAGUGAGGGGAGGCAAAGGAAAGAGAAGAGAGGAGAGUAGAAAAGAUUGAAUUGAAAAUAAUGCGUCAAAAGUAAGGUGUUGAAAAAGAAAAGCAGUGUGACUGCGUUGUUCAUUGUUUUUGCAACGCCUCACAUUUGGGAACAUGCCUUUUGUUAACCCUAAUUAUGCAUAGUUAAAAAAAACUGCUGUUUUCUUAGACCAAAGUUCACUUUGCUGGUAAGGGAGGGAGGGAAUGGAGAAAGGUAUGGGAUACAAUAACAGAAAACUGGGUUGCAUUUAAAAAGUAGGCAGGUGGGAGGAGAGCAUCCAGAGAGAACUAUGCUGUUUUGUGUAGUUUGAAUUGUUUGCUGUGCUAUAAUAUUCAGUUUCUCUUUAAAAUAUCAACCAUGGUGGGAGGCCCAUGACUAUAGAAUCCUCGGUUAAGCAGCAACAAGUUUUACGGCCAAUUUGCACUAUGUGAUACAAUCAGACUUGUUCUCAACAUGGGUUUUUCUUUAUAGGCAUGAAACCAAACAUAGGCCAAUGUCUUCUAUUGUUACCUAUGCAGCCUUUUUAUUGUGAGAACACUCCCUUUUAAAGCCCUUUGAUAAGGAAUAACUGGGAUUUUUAAAGGCUACAUCAUAGUGAUGCAAGAUUUGGGUGUGCCCAACCAGUAGCAUGCUCCACAAAGUAUAAAAGCAUUUGUUUUUUUACCAGGAUGUGUCACCAGGUGGAGUUGUGAUCUGGGGUUGACUAUCAGGCAAAAAUGAAACGCAUCCUUUUGCAUGAAGGCUUUUUCUUGAUAUUGACAUGCUACUUUUUAAAUGGGUAUUCAAAGGCUUCUUUCUUAAAAAUACACACCAUACAAAUCAGUAGCAUGUGUUGCAAGUCACUUUUAUAGAAGUAAGGUACCUAUCCAACUUGAAAUCCGUCUAUUGAUCAACCAACACCCAGAUAUUCCUCAUCAUUAAAGGACUGUACAAGCCUAAAUACAGUCUAAAUACUAUUCCCUGUCCUGUUACAGUACAAGUGUAACAAAAUUAUAUGUUUUAUUGUUUUGUUUGAGUGAAAGUCAUGAUGUUUGCUUUUGAUAUUACUUCUCACAUCCGUAUGCCUAUUAAUUGUUGUUCAUCUUUCAGCUUUGUUAUGAAAUAGUAGUAGCAAUGGUAGUCUAUUUUAUGUAAUAUUGAGUCGCGUUUCUAGAAAUUUGGGAGUUUUAAGGACUUUUGUUACUUUCGCUUUUCACUGUUCUAUGUGUUUAUGUAUUAUUUGUAUUGUUUAUUUUUUAAAGGAAAUCCACUUACUGGGUUAAAUACAGUGAAUGUGGAUUGACUCAAGCCCUUUUAUUUUUAAAUUGUGCAACUAGAAGCUGAUUUCAUUUUCCAUUGUGUUUUCCACUUAGUGCACUCAACGGUUUUAUUCUUACUAUUUUACCCAAGACAGUCCAGUCCAGUCCAGACAGUACAGUAUGGGAUGGACUCUGUACGUUAUAAGUUUAUUAUAUGUUAUGUUUGAACUAUAGCUUGACAGUGACCACUGGGCCUACAUUUUAAAAAUAAAACCACCUGUGGGUGGUCUCAUCAAA